CACGACGGUGUUGCCGAACGGAGUCGAGAGACUAGAGAGCGACAGAACUAGCCUGGCUGGCCUGCGCCUCGCGGCUCGUUCGCCUCGACGUUGAACGUUAGUGAGCAAGCGGUAGAGGUUCGUCACGGACGGUGAAGUAUGUGCUCCGGAUUGUAGAAAAUGGCUGCGUUGCCCGCUGGUACCUCAGGUCGGCGGCGGUGUAAAUACGGCCUGUGGAUCGGACUCGGUGUUCUUAUCGCGAGGACAACGGGAGUUCUUGGGAUCACAUGUUAUUGCGAAGGUCACUGCCCGGAUAACCAGCCAAAUGGUACUUGUGAGGGAAAACCUGGCGGACACUGUUUUAGUGUCGUCGAAGAAGUAUGGGACAAUGAGAUCAAAGAAUACGUUUCCGAGUAUUCUUUUGGCUGCUUACCUCCUGGAGAACAAGGUUUCAUGCAAUGUAAGGGUUCGCUGGUCCCACAUUGGAAUGGAAAAAACAUAAUAUGCUGCAACAACACCUCGUUAUGCAAUCAAGGUGUUUUUCCAACAUACACAACUCGGCCCACUGUACCGCCAAAUCCAAUGGCCGUAACAUCAAGUACGACACUGAUUGUCUUGGCCAUCUCGUUGUCGGUUUGCUUGAUGAUACUUUUAAUCGCUGUUCUCAUAAUGUACCGUCGGUACAGGCGGAAAGAGCGCGGGCCAUGCCUGGUUCCUUCGCAGGGAAUGCUCAAGGAUCUAAUCGAUCAGAGUAGUGGUUCAGGAUCAGGCUUACCGCUUUUAGUGCAAAGAACAAUCGCCAAGCAGUUGGCACUCUCCCAGUGCGUCGGAAGAGGAAGAUACGGCGAAGUGUGGCUUGCAAGAUGGAGAGGGGAGAAAGUUGCGGUCAAAGUAUUCUUCACGCUGGAAGAAGCAUCAUGGUUUAGAGAAACAGAAAUUUAUCAAACCGUUCUAAUGAGACACGAUAACAUUUUGGGUUUCAUUGCUGCCGAUAUCAAAGGAACCGGAUCUUGGACUCAGAUGUUAUUAAUCACAGAUUAUCACGAGAGGGGCUCGCUGCAUGAUUAUUUGCAAACUACAGUUCUAGAUCAUCCUUCCUUAUUGGCAAUUUGUUUGUCAAUUGCUUCAGGCGUCGCACAUUUGCAUACAGAGAUAUUUGGCACUAGAGGAAAGCCAGCAAUAGCACACAGAGAUAUAAAGAGUAGAAAUAUUCUAGUUAAAAGAAACGGGGAAUGCGCGAUCGCAGACUUUGGUCUUGCUGUGAGAUUUAUAAGCGAAAGCGGAGAGAUCGACAUAGCACCUAACACACGUGUGGGAACACGUCGAUAUAUGGCUCCUGAGGUCUUGGACGAGACUUUGAACACCUCCUCGUUCGAUUCCUUCAAAAUGGCUGAUAUGUAUUCAGUUGGACUUGUUUUAUGGGAAGUAUGCAGGAGGUGCGCUACUGGCGGCAAGGUGUCUACGGCCGAGCCAUAUGCUUUGCCUUAUCAUGACGCUGUGCCUAGCGAUCCAGACUUUGAAGAUAUGAGAUUAGCUGUGUCUGUCAAAAAGAGGCGUCCAGUUAUACCUACGAGAUGGGAAAAUGAUUCUGUUCUAUUUGCGCUGAGUAAAGUCAUGACGGAAUGCUGGCAUCGAAAUCCUGCAGUUCGACUAACAGCACUUCGAGUGAAAAAGUCGAUAUCAAAGCUACACAUCGAUAAUGCCAUAAAAAUAGUGUAGUGUUUGAAGAAACGUUACAUCAAAACUGUUGUUUUUCCCCUAGUUCAAAAACCCUUGUAAAUAUGCCCUGGUGUAAAUAGAAUCGAUGACAGACUGCAGCCUUAAGACUGAUCGUACUGAAAAUUAUAGAUAUUUGACGACGAAUGGAUGCGUGUGAUUCGGUAUGGUUAAUGAGCGAAUAAUUACGACUAGUUAUAGAUAUGACAAUGUUAUGAUUUCUUUAAGUUGACAUGUGUUAAAAUUUGAAACAAAGUAAACGCGUUCACAAAUUUAACACAUCUCGUAAUUUUAGGAUUUGUUAAAGUGAAGAAUAAACGAGCCACUUAGAUUUGGAAUUGAUUACAGCGUUAUCAAGUGUUAUUAGCGUGUUUUCAUUUCUUGAUAUUAUCGAGCUCCAUCAAAGAGUUUUCAAUCAAAUCCAGCAUCAUUAAAUUUUCGUUAUCCAUUCAAUAUAUAAAUGCAAACUUCUAUUAUAAAUUUACGGAGGAAUUGAUAUAUUGUAGCAAGUUAUUGUAAAUAAUAGUCUACUAAAUAUUAAAGAAAUGUAUAAAUUUGAAAUUGAAUUGGUGCCGUUCCUGUAAAUUAACUUUCAUCUCGCAUUGUUUAUGAUUAAAGCAAAGUUAAAAGCGAACUUUUUUAAUAACGUAAACACUGAAUGCAAAAGUCAUUAUGACUGGUGCUAGAACUUUGAUCACAUGAAUAUCUACCUUUCUUUCGGCCAUUUUAGUUUGUACAAAAUAAGAAACAAUGCUGGCUUUGGUCCUUGAUAACUCAAGCUGAAUAGUUUAUUGUUAAUUACUUAGGAUUCUUUAUUUGAUAUAUUAAUAUUAUUUUAUCAGAGAAAUUUAAAUCGUUGCAGGAUCUUGACAGUUUUACAUAUAAUUUACUCAGACAUAGUACCUAGUUACUAUGUCGCAUGAUGCAGUAUAAAAUUAUUUAAAUUUGUAAAUUCUACAAAGAAAGUAACAUUUAAAUUAUAAAACGUGUGACACGAACAUUGUUAUUGUCUUAUCAAAAGAUUCGAGGCAAAUGAUCAUUAGCCUAGAACUAUCUCAGAAUAUGGCGAAAUAAAUUUAUUAUUGAUAAACCAGCGUAUGAAACAUGUUACUAAAGUGAAUUCGAAUUAUCAAUCUUUACUUUAACAUACGCCACCACCAGGAUCGUACACUUCCCUAAUACCCAUGUAAAAUAAACAAUACUCC